AGAAUAGCCAAAUCAACCCAAAACUCAACGAAUCAAAACAUGACAAGAUUAUGCUUCUUGGAUGGAACCACAAUUCGCUCUCCUCCCAUAAAUCUUCUCCAUCCUUACACGAGAAGCAAAACACAAACGUAUAAAUUGUCUUCUUUCUCCUUAACUAACCAUACGAGCUUAGACUGUUAGCUCAAACCCCCUUUUCUCCAAUUUUCUCACAUACCCAUUUCCUUAAACGUAUAAGUUUAAGUAUUUCAAACUCCUUUUCAGCAAUUUACUCAAGAAACCUUUUUUUCCCUUGCUGUUUUAGCCUUUCUUUAUUAGUGUAAUCUUGUUGAGUAUAUUAAGGAAACCUUUUUGGGUGUUGAAGUUUCUGUUCUUGGAAAAUUCAGAUGAGAAUUAAAUUCCAGAAUAAAGCUUUAGAAAUAAUAUUGGGAUCAUCAUGUACAGUGCUAAUUUGACUGGUUUUAUAUUGGCUGUGGUGUCUAGCGCGUUUAUUGGAUCAAGUUUCAUUAUCAAAAAGAAGGGUCUUCAGAAGGCCGGCUCCUCUGGUACUCGGGCCAGCUCGGGCGGAUAUGGUUAUCUACGUGAGCCUCUUUGGUGGAUCGGGAUGAUUAUUAUGAUUGCUGGAGAAUUUGCAAAUUUCGUGGCUUAUAUUUAUGCGCCAGCAGUUCUUGUGACACCACUUGGAGCUUUAAGUAUAAUUGUUAGUGCUGUUCUAGCACAUUUCUUACUGAAGGAAAAGUUGAAGAAACUGGGAGUAUUAGGAUGUGUUUUAUGUAUAGUAGGCUCUACUGUCAUAGUUCUUCAUGCACCUGGUGAACAUGAUCUUAAUUCAGUAGAUGAAAUAUGGGCAUUAGCUACACAACCAGCUUUUCUUUUGUACACUGCCUCAGCAGUUGCAAUAACAUUGGUACUAGUUCUGUAUUGUGAGCCUCGCUAUGGUCAGACAAAUAUAAUGGUCUAUAUAGGUGUUUGCUCCAUCUUUGGGUCCUUAACGGUUAUGAGCAUUAAAGCUAUCGGUAUAGCAAUAAAGCUUACAUUGGAGGGUUCAAGCCAAGUUGCACAUCUUCAAACUUGGGUGUUUGUGAUGGUUGCUGUUACAUGUAUAAUUACUCAACUAAAUUACUUAAAUAAGGCAUUGGACACAUUUAACACAGCCGUGGUUUCUCCAAUAUAUUAUGCCAUGUUCACAUCACUUACAAUUUUAGCCAGUGCCAUAAUGUUUAAGGUAUUUCUGAAAGUGAAUGUUUGGUAUGCAUGGGGAAAAUCGCUCAUCGGUAUUUUGACAAACUCUAUUCCCAUGACUUCCAUAGUAGGUUUAACGGGUUACAAUCUUAAUGUGACUAAAUCACUGAAACCUAAAAAUAAUGAGGAGAAAGGCGCAAGAGACAAUGCAGCUCCAGUGUCUGAAAUCUCUCCGCUAAGGGAUAAAACUGGUUAUCAGAUUUAUUUUACUAACCAAAGAUCUAUCAUGUCAAAUGCUAUUGGGAGGUUUACUGGAAUAGAACUUCCAUUUGCUAGUGCUACUCAAAAUUUAUUGGGGCAUCACUAUGAUUCUAAUUUACACCUACGUGAUUGGUUGAGAUUUCGAGUCAUUGCUCACCCUGGCAAUGUCUUCGUAAAGCUCGGUAUAAUGCCACAGUUAAUUCAAAGUCGUGAGAAGCAUAAAAUCUUCACGAUGCUAACUUAUCUCAUAUUGCAUGCACAUGCUCAACACAUUGGUGAAUCACCUAGGUUUCAUGGCGUAGUUUAUUAUUUCGAUUACAUGGACGGCAACUAUAGGCCUCAAUUUCAACUUGUGACUGGUGCACUAGUUGGAAGAAAAGAGACUAUAACAGCUUUCCUUGAUCUUGUUUUAGAAGGUUUACCAGAUGGUUACAACCCAUGA